GUGUGUGUGUGUGUGUGUGUGUGUGUGUGUGUGUGUUUAAUAACCCCUCGGUUAUUAAAACAUUUAAAAUAAAUGUACCUAAAUCAUAUGUCUAUGGAUACGCUUGAUGAAACAAACAAGUUUUCAGCAGGCGUCUAAAACAGUACUGUAUAGUCAAGGUGCCUGCCUUUUGUGGGAGUUGGAGAGGGGGUCUUCAAGGCUUUAUGCCAGCAUUCACAGAUGCAGGCUGUAUACACAUCACCAUUUAUUUCGACUCCCCUGCGCUGCCCACCCCACCACUGGUGUUUAGUCCAGUACAGUGGUACCUCAGUUUACAAACACAAUUGGUUCCGGAAGUCUGUACUGAACCUGAAGCGUACUUAACCUGAAGCGAACUUUCCCAUUGAAAGUAAAGGAAAGUGGAUUAAUCCAUUCCAGACGGUCCGUGGAGUACUUAAACUGAAGCGUACUUAACCUGAAGCAAACUUUCCCAUUGAAAGCAAUGGAAAGUGGAUUAAUCCGUUCCAGAUGAUCCGUGGAGUACUUAAACUGAAGCAUACUUAACCUGAAGUGAACUUCCCCAUUGAAAGUAAUGGAAAGUGGAUUAAUCCGUUCCAGACGGUCCGUGGAGUACUCGAAGCGUACUUAACCCGAAGCAUGGGUGUAAUUGGUUCUGGAAGUCUGUACUUAACCUGAAGCGUACUUAACCUGAAGCAAACUUUCCCAUUGAAAGUAAUGGAAAGUGGAUUAAUUCGUUCCAGACAGGUCCGCGGAGUACUUAAACUGAAAAUACUCAAACCGAGGCGUACUUAAACUGAGGUAUGACUGUACACAUGACAUUGGUCAGCAGUGUGUGUGUGUGUGUGUGUGUGUGUGUGUGUGUGUGUGUGUGUGCUUUAUGCAGCCAGCCAGUAUUUCACAAGUAUUUUCUCCGAAAAAUAUAAGUUACUUUACUUUGUGACUAUGCCAGGGUCUACAUACGUAAGUUUUUUUUAUUGUUUUUGAAACAGCAGCACAACUUGUGAUACAUUGAUGUACACGCACACACCAAAUCUCGGGAACUGUAGUUUCCCACAGAGAGAUCUGCAACCCCAGCACCCUUAAAACUUCAGCUCCCAUGAUUCUUUGCAGCGGGUGAGAGGGAGCGACGGCCUUUUCAAUGUACGGCAUGAAGUAGGCAGCCAGAGAUCGCAACCAAUGCCCUAUUUGCAAGCAUCUCUGUGUAUGUUAUUGUACCUUUCCUCUGCAUGGGAAAUCCAGGGGAAAGUUUUGCCCUUUUGGUGGCGGCGCCCACGUUUUGGCGAAACACAACUAUCGCACCUUUUGAAAAAAGAAAAGAAACGAGAGGCUUCCUCCAGUUUCCUUGGCUUUGGCUUUUGGCAAGUCAGCCGGUCCCUCUGGGAUGCCUGCUUCUGCCCAUUUCAACACCCUCAGCCCAGGCCCUUUCCAGCGCCAAGGCUAUUUAGAGCCUUCACCCCGCCCUGCCUGCAGCUGCCCACAAUCGCUAAACUAAGCCACUGUCUGCUGGCGAGGGUGGAGGAUCCGUUCGGGCCGGCCGGCCUGCCUGCAGCUCCUCAAGAUGUUUGGCUGUGUAGAUCCAAAGCCUGGAGACCUGAUAGAGAUUUCCCGUGUGGGCUACCAGCACUGGGCCAUCUACGUGGGUUCCGGUUACGUGAUCCACCUGGCUCCCUCAGAUGACUUAUACCAGGCCAGCACCUCCAGCCUGAUGUCUGCCCUGUCCGAAAAAGCCGUGGUGAAGAAGGAACUCCUGUGGAGCAUCGUCGGGGACGAUACCUGCUGCAUCAACAACAAAUACGAUCAUACAUACGAGCCGCUCCCAGCGAACAAAAUAGUUCAGGAGGCGGAGGCACUCCUGGGCAAAGAAAUCCGCUACAACUUGGCCAGCGAGAACUGCGAACACUUUGUCACCAGGCUGCGCUACGGCAGGGCUAGGAGCGACCAGCUAUGCCCAUUGGAAGCCGACACUGAGAAUAACACACCAAGCCUAGUGAAGAUGAACGACGAGGAGCAAAACCACUCAGCCUUCUUUAUCAGGGUGAAGAACCCAGCUGAGCUGGAUGAAUUAAAACCUGGAGACCUCAUUGAGAUCUUCCGUUCUUCUUGUCAGCACUGGGCCCUCUAUGUUGGGGAUCGGAAGGUUGUCCACUUGGCAACCGAAUGUGGUGACCAUCUUCCAGAUGGAACUCCGAAUGCCUUGGCGGUCUUGCCCGACAGAGCUUACGUAAGGAAGGAUUGGCUGGAAGAUGUUGUGCGGAAGGACCGGUACCGGGUGAACAAUAAACAUGACGAGACGCAGCCGCCGCUCCCCCUGGCCAAGAUACUCUGGCAGGCCGAGGAGCUGGUGGGCAAGGAGAUGCCCUACACCUUCAACAGCCCCAACUGCGAGCAUUUUGUUAUGGAGCUACGAUACGGAGCGGAAAUGAAUGAGCAGGAUGAAAUUAAACCUGGCGACCUUAUUGAGAUCUUCCGCUCUUGUUAUCAGCACUGGGCCAUCUACGUUGGGGAAGGCAAAGUUGUUCACUUAGCUCCUGAAUGUGACCGCCUUGCAAACGGUGCUGCCAGCGUACUGGCGGUCUUGUCCGACAGAGCUUACGUGAAGAAGGACUGGCUUGAUGUCGUGGUGCGGAAAGACCAGUUCCGAGUGAACAACAAGCACGACCUCACGAUUCCCGUGCUGCCACUUGCCAAGAUCCUCCAGCGGGCAGAGGAGCUGGUUGGGAGGGAGAUGCCCUACAACCUGACGAGCCACAACUGCGAACACUUUGUGAUGGACCUGCGAUAUGGAGUUGCAAUGAGUGACCAGGUCACCGAGGCCAUUGCUGUGGGGACAAUUGGCAUGAUGGGUGUGGCAGCCGCCAUGAUCCGAUCUGCGGCGAAGAGGCGCAAGCACCGCUACGAAUAGCUCGUGGGGAGGGGCCAGGGGCCUCCAUGGCGGGAUCAUUACCAGCUCUGGGGGUGUUUUUUCGACUGCCCAGCGUCUUUUAUUUGACAGAUUGUUUUCAGACCACCAGACCAAAGAUUAAAUCAGAUUUCGUGACAGAAGAAAACCAUCCACCCACCCACACCGUGCUUGGAGCCAAUAAAACUCUCUUCAGGAUAUACGCUUGUGGCAGGAUCUGUUCUGUUGGCGACUCCGCUGAGCCCUACUUUGUCCGGUGGACGUUGCUAAGGCGACAAAGUGGUGAUGGCACUGCCGGUUUCUAAUGUGAAUAGCUAAGCAACAGAAAUGGUGGUACCAAGCCUCUUGUCAUGGUUGCUUGGCAACAAAGA